AUGGGUCUCGAAAAUGAGGCAGUAGCCGGGGCGACGAUUGAAUUGCUCGAGUCACGCCUCCGGCAACUCACCUACCUUCUCACGGGCGACGCAAAUUGGACGGGUGUUCCCACUGCACCCGCGAAACCAGCUUCUUUGGAUGACAGUGUCUCGCGCCGUCUUCUCAGCUUAGAGCGAGAGCUUGAGAGACUUAGUCGAAAUAUCCCCGCAGUGCGGGAUGUGCUUCUUCUCCAUGACCGCUUCCCCGAUCUCUUUCGCCCUACACCACCGCAAACAUUCCCGGAAAACCUUUCAACCAAGAACCUCGCCUCAAUAGUGUUAUCGUAUGCUUCUGCAUUUCCAGAGACCGCCUCGCGACUCACAUCAUUAAACGAUCUCCCGAUUCCGGAUACGCAGACAUCGGCCUCCCUCAUCCAGCUUCAGCCGCGAUUGGACCAAUUGGCGCAGGUGCAGGAGGAACAGGCGAAGCAGAUCUCAGAACUACGUGUACGGACAGCACGAGCUUUACAACGGUGGUAUGAAAUUGCUUUGGUUGGGGGUGGCGAAUGCUGGGCGGAAUGGGAAGGGCGCCUUGAAGAUGUUGAGCGGGAAGUAAAAAGGGAGGAAGUGGUGAGGGAGCGGAGGGCGAAAGAGCUUUGA